UAUUGAUUCAUUCAUAUUUCCAGAACUAUAGAUUGUCUUGAGUACGAAUCUUUCAGAUUUCUGUACUAUUUUCUAGUUUUACUUGUUUAGAAUUACGCCCAUUUUUGUUUUUAGUGUUAGUGAUAAACAGAUUAAAAUAUGAGCAGUUCAGGUGAACAGUUAACAUUAGCAAGAGACAUCAAAAGAGCUAUUGAGCUACUGGAAAAGCUGCAGCAAAGUGGAGAGGUACCAGCCACGAAACUAGCAGCUCUUCAGAAGGUAUUGCAAAGUGAUUUCCUGAAUGCCGUGAGAGAAGUUUACGAGCAUGUGUACGAAACUGUCGAUAUUCAAGGCUCCGCUGAUAUUCGGGCUUCGGCCACUGCCAAAGCAACGGUGGCUGCGUUUGCUGCGGCCGAAGGACACGCUCACCCUAGAGUCGUUGAACUGCCAAAGACCGAGGAAGGUCUAGGCUUUAACGUGAUGGGAGGGAAGGAACAGAAUUCGCCUAUUUAUAUAUCCAGAAUUAUCCCUGGGGGUGUGGCAGACCGUCAUGGAGGAUUAAAAAGAGGUGAUCAGCUGCUUUCUGUGAAUGGAGUAUCAGUGGAAGGCGAAAACCAUGAGAAAGCUGUAGAGCUAUUAAAGCAAGCUGUUGGAUCAGUGAAGCUUGUCGUUCGGUAUACUCCCAAGGUUUUAGAAGAGAUGGAAAUGAGAUUUGACAAGCAGCGCACAGGACGGCGACGUCAGAACUACAACUAAG